UCGGAGAACGGGAGAAAAGUGGCUAAGUCGUUACGUAAUUUAGCUCAGAAUUAGCAAAACUUGUGUUUCUGCUUAGUAGCGGGGAGUUACACUAAUUGGCGAGGUUACGUCGUGGUAGGAAAUAGAGGAGAAAAGCUGAUUUUCUGAUUUGAAAGCGUCGCUGCUGAAGUCGUUUCAGGGAGGCUUAUCGAGUAUUGUUCGGGUCCUUAGGACUUUCCCGAGACCUACUUACAUGUAACGAGGGCAAGAUCCACAGCGCUUGCUAUUAAUAUAUCUAGAGUCUCAAACGUGUUGAUUUUUGUGCGGAGGAAGGAACUUGAAUGAAUCUUUGGUUUCUGCUCUUACGGUGUUUUUACACUGUGUCUUCGCGAUGUGAUUUCUGUGGUGAUAAGUUGCGGUGUCUUGCACUGUGGGCUUGGCUCGCUAGAGAAAUCUACUCAAAGGGUGGUUAAGUAGCUGUCUGAAACAGGAAAAUUUAAAAAAAAAAAACCCAAUCCAACGAACGCUAACAUUUGCUCAAAGAUCUCAAAAGUCAUGGCAGUAUUAUAAAUACUAUGGCCCUAAAAAAUUCUCAGCUAUCGAAUCAUUUCAGGACUUAGUGAUGCUAAACAAUGUCUUCAGUAGUUUGCUUGUAUUUAGGAAUGUUUGUAGGAGGGAUACUUGAGACUGUACUCUAGUGGUACUGAAAGCUUCCAGAAUAGUUUGAGCAGUGUCCUGCUCCCUUUGGUAAAGGCUGUCUUUGUGGCAUCAGAUGAAAAUUGGUGUCACUGAUUUUCCCUGCUUGCUGUGGGCAGUACUUGUACGGCCUGGUGAGGGAGUCGGGAGCAUCAGUAGACCUUCGGGACUGCAUAGUGCUGUAGGUUAUUUGCUUUGCAGAUGCACAUAUGUUCCUCGCUUCUAAGUUUUUCCUGCAGACAUGGUCAUAACCUGCAGUGAAACUGAAUUCUUGAUGUUCUUGACAUUUUUACUUUGGUGUAAAUUCUAGCAUUGCAGUCUUUCCUGUGUUCUUAUCAGUAGAGUGAAUACUGGGCACUUUGAGGAAUUUAAUUUCUGUCAGUCAUGACUGAUGACUUCAAUAUUAUUUCAGUUUUGUUUAGUCAGAUAAUUGUCUUACGAAUUAGUAACUGGAGAGUGUUCCCAAGUGAUACAUCUCUGAUGCUAGAAUUAGAUCUGCAGCAUACAUACUCUUUUUUAUUUAUUUAAUAGCUUUUGGCUGACUUCAGUGUACUCUUACAAAGAGAAACUAUUGGUGGAUCAUUUUAAUCUGGUAUGCAAGGUCACUUUCCAGCUCUUCCACAUACAUUUUGUGUCACCUUCAGCAAGCAGUUGAUUGGGGAUAAAAAUAUGGCCCUAACAGUGGGUGUGUUGGCAGGAUUCACUAUUUAACUGUCAGUGUUUAUAAGGUCCUUAUAGGACCCUAAAAUGAAUGGAAAAUUAACAGCCUGUUAUAUUUUAAGUCUGCCUGACCUGUAACGAGACUGACAGUAAAGUAAAUCCCUUUUUAGAAGCUCUGAUACUGAAAUUACCAUCUUACAAAGAAACAAUAGGCAAGUCCUAUGACAUGUAACUGUUUCUGACAGUGCUCGAGAGGAGCACCGGCUUUGCUUAGUUGUGGUCAAAAUGGUGUAUUUGUGUGUUUGGGAGCUGGAGAUUAUGUUCCUACUAGCCUACAGAUAGAGGCACAUGAUUGAUUCAAAUCAACAAUAAAUUCUUUUAGAUCUUGAGCUUAUAGAAUUAACCACAUUAAAUCUAUUAUGAAGAAACAAUUCACUGUGUGAGGUAGGAUGGGAUUGCAGCUUUUGUAACAACCCGGUGAAUGUGGUGGUAACGCUACAGGUUUUUUUCAGCGUUGCUGCAUCUACAUUUGUCUUUUUGUGUUGCUGAAGCAAUGCUGAUUUUCCAACGAGUGAAAACUUAAUCUGGAAGACCCUUAGCCAUCUGUUUCUUUUAUACUUAGGAUUUUAAUGGGCUAGUCCUUCAGAGUGUAGUUAUUCUCUUCUUUUGAGCAAAUGGCAUCCUUCAGUAGUGAAGAUGCAUUUCAAGAUUCAGCAGCCCUCUCCCUAAACGAUGUGGAAAGCCUGCAGAGCUUCCGCAGCCGGUCUGCAAGUUUCAGCAGCACGGGGUCCAGUGGCCGCUUGCAGCUCCGUCAGCGAGUAUCCCAGCUUAUGGCUUGUGUAGAGGACAUCAGCUCGGAUGAUGAAAUUCAUGAAGAAGUGUCUCGCACUCUAGAUGAAGCUUUCCGUAUCUGGGGGAAAAAGCUGAAGGAUAAGUGGCAAGAAUUCAGACUACACUUAGUUACCUGGAAUGUGGGCACAGCUUCUCCACCUCCUGAUGUCACUAGUUUACUUCAGCUCAAUUCACUGGGCCCAACUGUGGAUAUGUAUGUUAUAGGCUUACAGGAGGUGAACUCAAGAAUCACAAAUUUUCUGUCUGACUUGGCAUUUGAUGAUCCAUGGAGCAUUUUUUUCAUGACUGUAUUGUCUCCAUUGGGAUAUAUCAAGCUCUCCUCCAUUCGCAUGCAGGGGUUACUGCUGCUGCUCUUUGUGAAGCACGUCCACCUGCCCUUCAUACGGGACAUUCAUACCCACUACACACGCACGGGCCUGUACGGAUACUGGGGGAACAAAGGAGGAGUCACCGUUCGCAUGUCCCUCUAUGGUCAUACAGUUUGUUUCAUGAACUGCCACUUGCCAGCUCACAUAGAGAAUACAGAGCAACGACUGGAUGACUUUGAGAAAAUUCUGGAAAUGCAGUUUGAAGGAGAGAAUAUUCCAAGUACCUUGGAUCACGAUGUUCUCUUCUGUUUUGGGGAUCUGAACUUCCGGAUAGCAGAUUAUGGCAUACAUUUUGUCCGAGAAUCAAUAAAUAACAAGCGUUACAAUCUGCUGUGGGAAAAGGACCAGUUAAAUAUGGCAAAAAAGAAGGAAGCAUUUCUUCAGGAAUUCAUAGAGGGUCCUCUGCAGUUUAAACCCACCUACAAGUUUGACCUUUAUUCGGAUGUAUAUGAUACAAGAGAGCAGAAGUCCCUGUUUUGGUUUAAUGAGAAGAAAAGAAAGCCAGCGUGGACCGAUAGAAUUCUUUGGAGAGUGAAAAAUCUUUGCCAGCAUGUGUCAAAAGAAGGCGAAUUCACUGAAGAGGAACAGACAAUUUCUGUUACUUUGAAUAACUAUAUCAGUCACAUGAGCUAUGGCAUCAGCGAUCACAAACCUGUUACAGGAACUUUUGGGCUUGAGUUGAAGCCUCUUCUGUCACAUCCUCUGGUCACGCUGAAUCCUGAGGGUGAGUGGAGCGCAGAACAUGAUGUUCUAAUCAGCUACUCUGCAGCACCUGAGCUCCCAAGCAGUGCUUGGGACUGGAUUGGACUCUUCAAGGUGGCUUUCAGGCAUGUGAAUGACUAUGUUACUUACGCUUGGGUAGAAGAUGAUGAAAUUUCUUCUAACAAAGACAGUAAACAAGUUUACAUGAGUGCUGCAGAAAUACCUGAUAUGGGAGGAGAAUUUUUGCUUUGUUAUUAUAGCAAUAAUUUGCAGUCAAUAGUUGGUAUCAGCCAGCCUUUUCAGAUUCAGCCUAACAGAACAUUAAUAAGAAAGGAUCUGACACAGGAAGAGAACAGUUGGAUGCAGAAACCUGACAAUCUGGCAUCGCAGGAUGAAUUCUGAAGGCAGAAAGGGCAUUUAGUGGUCCUGGUUCAGGAGUUAGAUGAUUCUUUAUGUCUUAGUGAUUAUAAGCUUUUACUCUUAGAAGAUGGAGUAAGACAGUGCAAGUAAGACAGGUAGGAUUGUUCAGAAACUUUGUAAACUCACAGAAGAUAAUUUAUUGUGGAAACAUAUUUUUAUUGUUACAGGGAGAGUAACUCUCUUGCACUGGAUCAGAACUGUAAAAAUAGCACCUAAUGAAUGCUGUAUGUUUUAAGGUGAUAGACGUUUCUAAUAUAAUGAUUUAACCUAAGUAAAUCGCAAUCUAUAAUAAAUUUUUAGGCUUUCUCAGUUUUUGUAGAGGGUAUUUUAUUUACAAUACAAUAUUUACUAUGCUGUAACCACUUAAUCAUUGAUUUUCAGAUUUUGAGUUUAAAUGAAGUUAUUUAAACCUUAUUUAUUAGAUUCAUCUAGUUAGCUUGUUUUAAAAUUUUAUUUGACUUUCAAAUGUAAGCUAAUUACCUUUUGGGAAAGAGAUGUGGCGACAAGUCACGUGAAAACAAAAUCUUUGGAGUGUGUAAAUUCUCCUUUGGUAGUAGAUCACUUUUUUUCAUGCCUUACUGAUAACUGUUUGUAGGAGUUUCCAUUGUUUUUUUCCAGAUGGAGAUACAUUUAUCAAAACACACUUUCCUGACUUUUUUUUGGGUAAUGCUUCUUUUAUAAAAUGAUUUAUCAGUUUGCCUAUGCAUUUCUCCUUCUGAUUUAAAAAAGUAAAAUAAAACUGCUUUUAUGCUAGUCCCUGGCUGAGGGUUAACCAGGAUCCCACAAUUUCUGAAAGAAAUUGCUUCAGUUGAGAAAUGCUUUAUCAUAGGUGAGCAGACCAAUAGCACUUGUUUGCAAAGAGCUAAUGGUCAUGGUACUAACCCUCAUUGUUUUUUGCUGUCAUUGAGUUUAGAAAGCUAAAUCCAUAUUUAAGUAUUUCCCUGAUACCAUCUUGUCUUGUAAUUGCUACACUUACUACGGAGACGAUGAGAAUUAUAAAUGGGGAAUUUCAGUGGAACGAGUCUUUUCUUAUGGCAUAAUCUCUGCUACCAAAAUUGGAAAUCUCUUCAAUUUAAAGCAAUUGGUCUGCAAAAUUUCUGUUUUCUAGAGGUGCUUAGACCUUAAUGUAUCCUGUACACUUGAGGAUGGAGAUGGAAUAAGAAAGAUCAUGUACCUUUAAAAACCCGAAAGGUAGUUAGCUUCAGAAAUGGUUUUGUUUCUUGAUGAGGAAAUGGAGAUGUUUGGAAAGGUUUGGAAGAGGCACCAACAUUCCACAGCAUCUCAGACUGAGGUGCUGGCAAAGAGCACUCGUGAGUCUCCCAUGUUCUAGGUACCCAGCUUCGAGCUACCUGCUGUGUACGGUAAGUAAAAUUAGUUACUAAUCAUUGUCAUGUUGGCUGUGGAUGGAAAAGAGAAAAUUUGGUUCAAGUGGAAGAGCAAAGCGAAGGAUGUUGGUGUGUUGAUGUUGGAAUAUUGCUUCAGAACAGAGUGGAUUCCUUUUUGCUGUUUUUCUCAAAGCUUUAGCUUUCUCAAGAAUCUUUUGAGAUAAAAGGUUAAGACCUUAGUAUGACAUUUGAUUUGCAAUUACUUGUUUUAUACACUGUAUAAAGUCUGCGGUCUGGAUGUCUCUGUAUAAUGUGGAAACUAUAACAUAGGCUAACCGGUUAGGUAGUUGCAGUGUGGGGUUUAAGAACACUUAGCUUCUGUAAAUUUUAGUUAGUAGUAGCUCAGCUUAAUGCUUGGUGUUGGGAACCAUUUCCACUUUUAAGUGGUGAGUGAGGGCAGGUUCAGAGGAUACUGUGUUCAUUGCACGGAUUAAAACUGCCUUGAGAUUUACAGUUUGUACAUUCCUAUUAGACUUUGGACGAAUAAUAGAAACCAUUUUCACAUUUGUACCUGUCUUACAAGAAUUUGUUUUGCACUAGAUCUUUCAGAUAUGUGACUUUUCACGGCAGUUAGGGCAUCAGACAAAUCCCUACCGAAUUGCAAAGAACUUCUGCAGUUCUUGAGUUGUGCUCUGUUUCUGAUUUUACUUGUGGAACUGUAUUACUGUACUUCAUGCAAGGAGAUUCUGUGGAGAGCUCAAGGAACAGUGGUCUUUGAAUUCCAGACCACAGCUGGCGAUUUGUUGUGGACCAAGAUCCAGUUUCUUCUGAUCAGGGUGCAUCUGCUGUUCGUGAGCAGCUCAGAGGGGGAGCUAUACAGCCGCUUUACAUGGCAAGAAACUCAAGAUCCCUAAUGUUCUAUGAGAGCUGAUAACCCUCUCGAUCACUCGACACAGAAGCUGCAUUUUGUAAACCAAUCCUUUGAACCACAGGACUUCACUGAAAAUGCCCACAGCAGCUGUGAUUGAAUCUGCUUGUGUGUUAGUAGGAUGCUGCACAGAACUCUAUACUUCUUUCUUGAGUAUUAUGCACACAGUGGCACUUUUGUUUACUACUGUUACCUAUGGUAGCUUUUCAAACUAUUCCAUGACCUGUAAUGAUGCAAUUUCUGAUGAAAUUUAUCUUUCUUAAAGCACCUUUAUUGGAUGUUAUAAUCACUGGAAAUGUUUUUAUAUUCAAGCGUUUUCUUUUCACGUACCACUAAAAUAAAUCCUGGCAGUGAAG